GCAGAAGCGCACACAAGGGCAAAGCUUGCGUGUGCAGCAGCAUUCCCAUCACGGAGCGGCUUGACCUGAGAAGGAGAGAGAGAGACGUCGCAUCUCGCAUCCAGCCUCCCCCAGCAGCAGCAGCAGCGCGCAGAGCGAGCAGCGGCGGUAACACAGCCGUUCUCCGGGUCUCGUCAGCUAUUCGGAAGCACCCUCCCCGCCCGAGAUGUCGGUGGGCAGUGACUUUGGGAACCCUUUAAGGAAAUUCAAACUCGUCUUUCUCGGGGAGCAAAGUGUUGGAAAGACGUCCCUGAUCACUCGCUUCAUGUACGACAGCUUUGACAACACAUACCAGGCCACGAUCGGUAUCGACUUCCUGUCAAAAACGAUGUACCUGGAGGACCGCACGGUGCGGCUCCAGCUGUGGGACACUGCCGGCCAGGAGCGCUUCAGGAGCUUGAUCCCGAGCUACAUCAGAGACUCUACCGUGGCUGUGGUGGUCUACGACAUCACAAACGUUAACUCGUUCCAGCAGACGUCCAAAUGGAUCGAUGACGUCAGAACAGAGAGAGGGAGUGAUGUCAUCAUCAUGCUGGUGGGCAACAAGACGGAUCUGGCGGAUAAGAGGCAAAUCACGAUCGAGGAGGGGGAGCAGCGAGCCAAGGAGCUGAGCGUCAUGUUCAUCGAGACCAGCGCCAAGACGGGCUACAACGUCAAGCAGCUGUUCCGACGUGUGGCCGCUGCUCUCCCUGGGAUGGAGAGUAUGCAGGAGACCAGCAAAGAGGGAAUGAUUGACAUCAAGUUAGACAGACCACCGGAGCAGGCUACUACCGAGGGCGGGUGCUCCUGCUAAUGCUCCACAGCCAAUCAGAGAACAUCUUUUACACCAUGUCAUUUUCUUUAGAUUUCUGUUUUACGAUUUUUUUAUGUUUUAAUUUGAAUGUUAUUAAUUUGCACAUCGGAGAAUGGACGCCUUAUCGGAAUAUCGGAUCAAUAGUUUGAACUACUGGGUACUUGAAAAUGUGUCAAAUCUAGUUUGUUGAUGAAAUUGCCAAAAAGUUCAGAAAAUAUCAACAAAAUGUUAACGGGGCAGGAUGUCCUACUAUUAUACGUACACCCUUUUGUUAAGUGACAAGUUAGAUACCACUCAUCUUUCUUUUUGUAUUUUUUAUAAAUUCAGGGAACUCUCUGGAAGGUUUAAUUUAUUUUUGGGAUCUCCACCAAUGCAGACAGAGUGUACAGAGACACAGAUCCACGACAACAGGGGUCUGAGGACGGCAUGCAUGAAACAUUGUGUUUUGAGCAUACCUGUGUCCAAUCGUGUUUAAAUAUGUCAUUGCCGAUAUUACAACACCGUUGACUUAAUGCACUCUCUAAAAGAGGAAAAAAACGUUAAAUGUCCUUCUGCUUCUUAACACUGUUGGCCUGGAUUUCUAUACUUGACUUCAAAAAACCUUUUUGGUCCUGUGAGUUUGUGUAAAUGUGCUUAUUUUGUACAGGCAACUUUAGUUAGUAUUGGCACUAUAAGUGACUUCUAUUCUCUCUCCACCCGUCGUCCAAUAGGGCCCCGUUACUCUGUGGCGCCUCACAGAGUCACCCCGACCGCACUUGCCCUGAUAUCUGAUAUCGUUGCAGUGUUUGAAUGCGUCUCAAUAGUUGUGUUCGGAUCGGCCACAUAAUUAAACACCCGGAGACACCAGGAGGGGGAACACUGCCCCCUGGUGGACAAUAUGUAAAUAGUGUAUUUUAUGUUUCUUCGAGAGAUACCUUAUGGUUUCAAGCGCACUAUACGUAAACCUUGUGACUUUGGUGUUUAAACAGCUGUUUAGCGAGUCAACGGAGACAUUCCUGUCGAACAAAGAGAAGACAAAAUUUGCACAUGUAGACCUUUCAGGUGAUUGUGAAGUGAGGGAAACACUUAUUUGUAAAUAAGAAACCACAAGAGUAGACAAACCUGUUCAAGUGUGGUACCGACGUCUUCACCAACAACAGGUUCCAGAUGACGCCUGUGUUUGAAUAGCCAUUGUUAACGUUUAAAAACACUAAAAAGAUAAGCGCACUGAAGCCCCAGCAAAUACAAUACAGGAUAUCAGAAUGACUAUUUACACUUAAAAACGAUCCAGUGAGGGCAUUUGCUAGUGGUAACAAACGUGACAAUUAAUGAAUCAAUUGGCCCCAAUUUCAGCCCGUCGCACUACCACGUUAGACCACAGAGGGCGCUGUUUCUUCGGUUGGUGUUGGUGUUCGCUUCCAGUCUUUGACAUUAUGCCUGCCCUGCUCUUAGCUCAGGCGCCGGAAUUGUAAUGUACUAGUUAGUUACUUUACUUUGACUUUGGAGUUACCUCUUACUGCACUUUUUAAGACCUGUCCUAGUUAGUGAGAAAAGAGAAAAAGUAAAAAAAAACAAAAAAAAGUUAAAUAACCAUUUUUAUCACACUUGGGGGUGCUGUGUUUCGGAUUUUGAAUGAAUAAUAAAUAAAAAAGACUAAUUACGCAUCCAAGAUGGAGGCCGUUGUCGACACUAGCCUAAUAAUCGAUAAUAAUAGACUUGGUGGAAAACAGGACGGAUUGCAGUCUCUAAAUUGUAGAUAAACAGUUUGGGCCUCCCAACCUCUCCUGCUAUUGUGUAAACCGGACGUCUGCAACAUUUAAUCGCCUCAAUCGGAUUCUGAGUCAGUUGUUAUGUCAAUAGAUGAACAGAAAUGCCUACGGUGUCUCUCUCUGUAACUGUGAAACGUUGCCUCAUCGCGGGAGAUCUGCGGUUAUUUUCGGAUAUUGUUGACGAAUGACGCCUUGAACGUGUUCAUCGUGUUUUCGCGAUACCAAAAACACCACGUUCGAUCUGUGACCGCCCCCGGGCCCUUAUUGGCUGCCUCUACUUACUAACGUUUCCGUGACGUAUUUGUUACUCUGAAAAAUGGAAUGUACUACCCUGGCUGUCGCCCAUAGGGGGGACUGGGGAGAGCACUUUGUUAGUGAAAGGGUAUUUAUUUAUUUAUUUAUUUGUUGAAUAUGAGUUUGUGUAAACACACACACACACACACACACACACACACACACACACACACACACACACACACACACACACACACACACACACACACACACACACACACACACACACACGUUUUCUGUGUCCUUCAGCACAAACACCUGUUUAUUUGUGACUGAAUGCCGAGGGACGACAUGGCUAGAAAUAGGACGUUGUUAUGGCGAUGCACUGGGGAGGGGGGGGGGGGGAUGUAUGUGUGUAGCGCACGACCCCGUGGAAGGUCAGAGGUCAGAGGUCGUGGUUACUGUGUCCGUAGAGCGCUCCAUCCACUGUACAGAGAUCUGGCAUGUCUCACACCAUCAAUAAAGACGACUUAAUACCAGA